CUCUCUCUCCAUACCCACUCUCUCUGUCUCUCUCCUAUAAAACCAACCCCCCCUUCUCUCUCUAGAGUCAAAACCAGGUAUAUUCAUUCAAUCCUCGUUUCCCUUUCUGUUAGAUCUCCCACUUUAAAGCCACCUUCCUCCCAUGCAUAUAUGCCCCAAAGCCUCUCCCUCCCUCUCUCUCUCCUCAGAAUUUCCCCUUCUCAUUUUCUCUGCUCUUGUCUGAAACCCCAUCCAACCUUUGGUCUUUUUCGAUCUAGAUACCCCGCUUCACGGCUUCAUCAUCUCUGGAACUUGGUUCCAGAGCAUCUGGUUUUAAGGUUUUCAAGGCGAAUUAGAGGCGGUUUUUUGAUUUGGGGCGAUUUUAGUGGGAGUUUUGGAUUAGGUUUGGGUUUUAGGAGAUCAAUUCGAAGUGGGUUUCCUGUUGGGAGUUCUUUGAGGGGGUUUUCAACGUCUAGAGUUUUUGACAUGGGAGUUGCAGAUGAGGAAGGGGCAGCGAGGAGGUUUUGGGUGAAGUUUUUGAGAGAGAGUGUGUUCGCUUCUUACAGCCCUUUCAUUGUUUGCUUGGCUGCCGGAAAUCUUGAAUUGGACACCUUUCGCCACUAUGUUGCUCAAGAUGCUCACUUCCUUAAGUGUUUUGCUCGGGCGUAUGAAAUGGCAGAGGACUGUGCAGACGAUGAUGAUGCAAAGGCUUCUAUUUGUGAGCUAAGGAAGGGUGUAUUAGAAGAAUUGAAAAUGCACGAGUCUUAUGCAGAGGAAUGGGGUGUUGACCUUGUGAAGGAGAGCACUCCAAGCUCUGCAACAACCAAAUACAUUGAUUUUUUGAUGGCAACAGCUGCAGGCAAGGUAGAGGGUGGAAAAGGCCCCAGCAGAAUUGCAACUCCUUUUGAGAAGACUAAAAUUGCUGCUUACACAGUUGGGGCCAUGACCCCUUGCAUGAGGCUAUAUGCUUUUUUGGGAAAGGAACUCCAGAGAUUCGUGAACAGUGCAGACCACCAAUACAAAAAGUGGAUUGAUAUAUAUUCUUCUGACAGUUUUGAGGUGGCAGCUUUGCAGAUAGAAGAGUUGCUUGACAAACUCAGCAUAUCUCUGACAGGAGAGGAGCUAGAAGUCAUAGAGAGGCUUUAUCAUCAAGCUAUGAAGCUUGAAAUAGAAUUUUUCUCUGCCCAACCCAUCUCUCAGAAAACACUUGUCCCUUUGUCGAACGUGCACAAACCAUCAGAACAGCGCCUUAUUAUCUUCUCGGAUUUUGAUUUGACAUGCACUGUUGUUGAUUCCUCUGCUAUUUUAGCAGAAAUUGCUAUACGCACUGCUCCCAAAGUGGAACAGAAUGGGUCUGAGCAGCCUAUUGCUCGGCAGUCAUCAGCUGAUUUAAGGAACUCAUGGGGUGCCCUUUCUCAACAAUAUACAGAAGAGUAUGAACAAUGUGUUGAAGACAUUGUACCCAGUGAUGAAGCGGAAGUAUUUGAUUAUCAAGGUCUAUGCAAAGCCCUUGAGCAUCUCUCUGAAUUCGAGAAACGUGCAAAUUCUAGAGUCAACGAGUCAGGAGUGCUGAAGGGCUUGAACUUAGAGGACAUAAAGCGAGCAGGAGAACGGCUUAUACUUCAGGAUGGUUGCACAAGCUUUUUCCAACAGAUUGUGAAAAGAAAGGAUGAGUUGAAUGCAGAUGUUCAUGUACUGUCAUAUUGUUGGUGUGGAGAUCUCAUUAGGUCUGCUUUUUCCUCAGGUCUCUUGGACGUAUUGAGCAUACACUCGAAUGAGUUCAUAUAUGAAGGGUCAGUUUCCACGGGGGGGAUAGUAAGGGAAGUGGAAUCCCCUAUGGACAAGUCUCGAGUCUUCAAAGAUGUGUUGGAAAGCAUUGGCGAACCCGACAAGAGGGUGUCUGUUUACAUUGGAGACUCAGUUGGGGACUUGCUAUGUCUUCUAGAGGCUGAUGUGGGUAUCGUCAUAGGCUCAAGCUCGAGUCUCAGAAGGGUGGGGAGCAAGUUUGGUGUGAGUUUUGUGCCUUUGUUAUCCGGUGUGGUCAAGAAACAGAGGGAUUUCCUGGAGGAUAGCUGCUCUUCUUCUAAUUGGAAAGGACUAAGUGGCACCCUCUAUACAGUCUCCAGUUGGGCUGAGAUACAUGCCUUCAUACUGGGGUCUUGAUAUCUUUUCAAUGAUGAUCUUUUUGUAUGUUCUUUUUGGAUUGUUAUUGAUUUGGACAAUGUCUGCAAUUAUGUCCUACAUAUAUGUAGACGGUGGCCGAUUUUACGAGAGCCACUUGUCUUCUUAGCUGGUUGUGCCUCAUUGUUAUCGUCCAAUUGUAGAUGCUGGCUUUAAGGAGGUCGAUUCUGGGAGGGGGAACCUCGGGAUGUUGUUACUCUAUGGGAUAUAGAAGAAUUGGUUCAAUUGGAGUCAAUUUGUUUGUCUAGGUAGAGAAGAUUGAAGGUAUAAAUGAAAUAUUGAAGGAAUGAAUUUUUAGCAGAAUGAAUAUAUGCAUAAUUUGUGCAGAGCAAA